GCUUCUAUUCCUAUUGUUGUUAAUUGCACCUCAUGUCAUAUGUUUAGUUUAGCCUUCUCUGUCAGCGGCGAGGGUUUUACAUGUGAUAAAUGCAGGGAAGUAGUUAGGCUGACGGAGAAGAUUUUAGAAUUAGAGUCUCGCAUCCAAUCUUUAUUUGAGGAUAGUAAGAGUGUAAGAACCGUAGAAAACACUUCGGAUGCGAGCAAUGUUAGCGCACACAGCUCGGUUCCGGUUGAAAAUCCCCUGCAGCUGGGAAACUUUGUGACGGUGAGACGGCAUAGUCGCAGGACAAAACAUCACUCAACCGUUCCGAUUAAAGUCUCGAACAGGUUUGCCCCGCUCAGUGACGCACCGACUGAGAAACCUGCUGAAAGUGCCCUAGUGAUCGGUGAUUCUAUUGUCCGGAACGUUAACAUAGAGACACCAGCCACCAUAGUCAAAUGUUUACCGGGAGCCAGAGCGCCUGACAUCAAGUCAAACUUAAAUGUGCUGGCUAAGGCUAAUCGUAAAUACAGUAAGAUUGUUAUUCAUGUCGGCACAAAUGAUGUUAGAUUCCGUCAAUCGGAGAUCACUAAAGAUAAUAUUAAAGAGGUGUGUGAGCUCGCAAAAACGAUGUCAGACACUGUAAUAUUCUCUGGCCCCCUUACUGCUUACCGUGGUGAUGAGAUUUAUAGCAGAUUAUCAUCACUAAAUGGCUGGUUGUCUGAGUGGUGCCUGCAGAAUAAUAUAGAUUUUAUAAAUAACUGGAAGAGUUUUGAGGGCAGACCUGACCUGUUGAAACGAGAUGGUCUCCAUCCCUCCUGGGAUGGGGUUUCCCUCCUCUCUAGAAAUUUGGCACACAGUCUUAAUAAUGCUAAAGUCUGACUACCUAGGGCCCAGGUCAGGAAGGAGACAGAAUGGCUUAACCAACUGUCUGCUUGCCGUCUCGCGUUACAGAAUACACAAAAUAUACAACAUGUAAUAAUCCCUUCUUACAAACAACAUAAAAUAGAGACUGUGUCUGUCCCCCGGAUUAGCAAACAUAAGAUAUUGCGUAAACCUCUUGAAAGUAAUUUAAUAAACGUUAAACAAAUCAAACAUGAACAAAAUACAGAUAAUCAACUGUUACGACUCGGAUUGCUUAAUAUUAGAUCUCUCUCAAAUAAAGCACUUUUUGUUAACGAUUUGAUAACCGAUCAUAAAAUAGACAUGCUUUGUUUGACAGAAACAUGGCUAAAGCCAGAUGAUUUUAUUACUCUAAAUGAAUCCGUUCCCCAUGAUUAUUACUAUAAACACGAGCCUCGUCUAAAAGGUAGAGGGGGAGGUGUCGCUGCACUUUACAAGAAUUCUUUUAUUACCUCUCAGAAGUCUAAUUUUAAGUACAGUUCUUUCGAAGUCAUGGUACUUCACGUAUCGACACCUAAUACUAAGGACAAAACAUUUUUAAAAUUUAUUCUAGCUAUUGUAUAUAGGCCUCCAGGGCACCACACAGAUUUUAUUAAAGAUUUUGGUGGGUUCUUAUCAGAACUAGUACUGGCCGCAGAAAGAGUCCUUGUCGUCGGUGACUUUAAUAUCCAUGUAGACAAGGAUACAGAUGCCUUGGGACUGGCUUUCAAAGACACUCUUAACUCCAUGGGCAUUAGUCAACAUGUGUCAGGACCCACUCACCUUCGUAAUCAUACUUUAGAUUUAAUACUUUCUUAUGGUAUAAAUGUGGACGAUGUUAAAAUCGUUCAGCAGAGUGAAGAUAUUUCGGAUCAUUAUCUGAUAUUAUGUUUGCUUCAAUGGCCUACGGCUGCAAAUCAAACUCCUUGUUACAAAUAUGGUAGAACGAUUACUUCAACUACCAAAGAUGCGUUUCUCGAUAAUCUGCCUGAAUUGUCUAAAAUAUCCAGCAUGAGUAAUAACGUUGACGAUUUUGACACUACUAUUGAAAAUUUUAACUCUACUUUCUCGGAAAUAUUAGACACAGUUGCUCCUCUGCGUUUAAAGAAAAUUAAAAAUAGCAGCCCAACACCGUGGUAUAAUGAACACACUCAGACUCUAAAAAAAGCAUCCCGUAAAAUGGAGCGCAACUUUAAGAAAACGAAUUUAGAGGUAUUUCGUAUAGCAUGGAAGGAUAGUACUCGAAAUUACAGGAAUGCAAUAAAAAUGUCUAGAUCCGCGUACUUUUCAACACUAAUAGAGGAAAACCAUCACAACCCUAGGUUCUUAUUUAACACCGUGGCUAAAUUAACAAAAAAUAAGUCGUCAUCGACGUCAGAUUCUGAUUAUCAGCAUAACAGUGAUGAAUUUAUGAACUACUUCACAAGUAAAAUCCAAGAUAUAAGAGAAAAAAUUAUAACAAUGCAACCUGUAGUGAAAUCCGCUGAACAAACUAACUACAGCAACCCUAAGGAGAAAUUGCAAUUAUUUUCUACAGUAGAUCACGAUGAACUGUCUAAAAUCAUUAAAUCAUCUAAAUCAUCAACAUGCAUGCUAGACCCUAUACCUACAAAACUACUGAAAGAAAUGCUCCCCGAAAUUAUAGAUCCUCUUCUUAGUAUUAUUAACUCAUCUCUGACAUUAGGACAUGUGCCUAAAGCAUUUAAGGUGGCUGUUAUAAGGCCUCUUUUAAAAAACCCCAAACUCGACCCUAAAGAACUAGGGAAUUACAGGCCUAUAUCGAAUUUACCUUUUAUAUCUAAAGUUCUGGAAAAAGUAGUUUCAACUCAAUUAUGCUCCUUCCUCCAAAGGAAUGACAUUAAUGAUGAAUUCCAGUCUGGAUUUCGAGCAUGUCACAGUACAGAGACUGCUUUGAUCAGAGUUACAAAUGAUCUGCUUUUAGCGUCUGACCGUGGCUGUAUUUCGUUAUUGGUGCUGCUAGACCUCAGUGCUGCAUUUGACACCAUUGACCACAGCAUACUUCUACAUAGACUCGAAAAUUACGUCGGCAUUAACGGAAUAGCAUUGAAAUGGUUUAAGUCUUAUUUAUCCGACCGUUUUCAAUUUGUAGCAAUAAACAAUGAGGUGUCCCGCAAAUCACAAAUCCAGUACGGUGUACCACAGGGCUCAGUCUUGGGACCCCUGCUCUUCGCAUUAUACAUGCUACCUCUAGGAGAUAUAAUAAAGCGACACGGAAUUAGCUUUCACUGUUAUGCUGAUGAUACUCAACUUUAUAUUUCCUCGAUGCCUCAUGAAACCCAGCAGUUUCAUCGAAUAAAGGAUUGCAUAGUUGACUUAAAAAUGUGGAUGAGUAACAAUUUUUUACUACUAAACUCGGACAAAACAGAAGUGUUACUUACUGGACCGAAAACUGCUAUGCGUAACAACCAAGAAUACUGCUUAACGAUUGACGGAUGCUCCAUAAAAUCCUCGUCAUCAGCUAAGAAUCUUGGCGUUGUAUUUGACAGUACUCUCUCAUUUGAAAGCCAUGUCGCAAACACCUGUAAAAUUGCAUUUUUCCAUUUUAAGAAUAUAUCUAAAUUACGUCAUAUGCUGUCACUGUCAGAUGCAGAGAGAUUAAUUCAUGCAUUCAUGACAUCAAGACUAGAUUACUGUAAUGCACUUCUAGGUGGUUGCCCUGCGGGCCUAUUACAAAAACUGCAACUGGUUCAAAACGCGGCAGCUCGAGUUCUUACACGUACAAAAAAGUAUGAGCAUAUAACCCCGGUUCUGUCAACCUUGCACUGGUUACCUAUAAAGCAUCGCAUUAACUUUAAGAUCUUGCUUAUUACCUAUAAAGCCCUACAUGGUCUAGCGCCGCAGUAUUUGAAUGAACUUCUAUUGUAUUACAGACCACCACGUACAUUACGCUCUAAGGGGUCCUGUCAGUUGGUAAUACCUAGAAUUUCAAAAUCAAGUGCAGGUGGUAGAUCCUUUUCUUAUCUAGCGCCUAAACUUUGGAAUAUUCUUCCCUGCACGGUCCGGGAGGCAGACACACUCUGUCAGUUUAAAUCUAGACUAAAGACUCAUCUUUUUAAUCUUGCAUACACUAUACCUCCAUAAUAUUAAUCCUCAGAGGAUUUAGGCUGCAUUAUUUAGAUCAACCGGAACCAGGAACACAUCCAACAACAAAUGAUGUACUUGUUGCAUCAAAGAGUGCAGAACAGUACUCUACUCUCAGCCAGUCUUGUCUCUUUGUUCCAAGGUUACCGCAGGAUGCAGUUCAUGCCCAGACCUGAUGGCAGAGCUGAGAAUGGGAAGCGGUGACCUGACAAGUGCUAAGAGGAUAGAGCUGGAUAAAGGACGCGACAACUUUGUUUUUUUCUACAACAUUUCAAAUGCUAUUAGAUUGUUAAUGAUAAUCUUUAAUUUUUAUAUUUUUAUUAAGUCUUGUUGUGCAAGCACUGAUGAGCUUGUGCAGAGGCAGCAGCUUUUGCCAGAGGGGAACUGGAAUCCCCUGGUUGGGCCUGGGUUCCCCUGAGGUUUUUUUUCUCGAUGGGAGUUUUGGGUUCCUCACCACCGUUUGCAUAUUGUUUUGCACUAUCUGCCUGGCCGGGGGGGCUGCUUUAGAAUUCAUACUUGUAUUAAAUGUGUCUCAUGUACA